AUGCCGUCACGCUUCUGCGCGUCUCCGUGUGUGGAGGAGGAGGCGGACUCGCCGAAAGUCAUUGCCUCGCUGCCGAGUUCCGGGGACUACGGGAGCUGCGGCGGCGCCAACGGCACCAAGAGCAUCGGCUCGUUCAGAGAGGUGACUGCGGUGCCUCCGCGCCCCGAGACAAAGUCCCUCUUGGCUCCUCCGUCCAGUCGUUUCUCGAAGAAGCGCCUGCUCGGAAAGAACGCCAAAGGGUUUGCGGAGGACGAGGUCUCGACGAUGCCGUCGGCGAACCGCGUGUUGAGCAGUCUGAUCGCCAUGCUGCAGGGCGUGGAGGUCCUCUGCAACUUGGCGAUUCUCUAUUUGUAUAAAGAUGACUUCAAGCUCGAUCCAGCGGUCAUGGGUGUCGUCAUGGGCGCGCUGAAGGUGCCCUGGACGGUGAAGCCUGUCUGGGCGAUGCUGAGUGACAACCUGCCGCUCUUUGGCUACCGCCGAAAGUCCUACAUUUUCCUCGGGUCCUUCUUCUGCGUCUGCGGGACUGUGGGCAUGGGGCUGAUCGGCUGCACCAACAUCUGGCUCGCGACCAGCUUCCUCUUCCUGUAUUUCGUUGGCAGCGCCAUGUGCAACGUCAUCGGCGAGGCUCUAGUCGUCGAGGCAGGCCGGAAGGACGCGUCAGAGGAGGGCACGGCGAAGACCGUUUCGGCUUUCUUUGCCUUCCGCAAACUCAGCUUCGCGAUCAUGUCCUACUUGAGCGGCCUCUUGCUCGACUACAUGGACAAAAGAUACGUCUUCCUCCUCGCCACGGCGCUCCCGCUCGCGGUGUUUCUUGCCAACUUCUUCCUCGUCGAGCCCUUCACAGAGGUCCUCCCGCUCCGCGAGCAACUAAGGCGCCUCAUGAGGGUGGUGCGCAGGCCCGCCCUCCUGCACUCCACACUCUUCAUCUUCAUCAUGAUGAGCACGCCGUCUGCAGGGUCGAUUAUGUUUUUUUUCAUGACGAACGAACUAAAGUUCGGGCCUGAACUGCUCGGUCGCAUGGCGCUCUUUCAGUCGAUCGCAAGCCUGGUCGGGAUCCUCACCUACAUGUGGUUUUUCAGCACCACGAGCCUCCGCAAGCUGCUCUUGGUCUCCACGAUCGUCGUCACGCCCUUCUGCUUGCUGCCGAUCGUUGUCGUUCAGCGGUGGAACGUGCUCAUCGGCAUUCCGGACACGGCCUUCGUCGUGACUGACACGGUGCUCAUGGAGUUUGUCGGAGAAUUCCAGGCAAUGCCCAUUCUUGUUUUGGCUGCGCGUCUCUGCCCGCCGGGACUCGAGUCGACGAUUUACUCCUUCCUGCUUUCGGCGUACAAUCUCGGCUUGGGCUUGGGCUCGCUCAUCUCUGCCGGCCUGACUGCGGCCUACGGUAUCUCCGCGACGAACUUUACGAACCUCAGCUCGCUCAUCGUAGUCUGCGCAGCGACCAACUUGAUUCCGCUCCUGCUGAUUUGGAUGGUUCCUGAUCGCAUUCCCGCGAUUGAGACUGCGGAGCUGAUCGACCCUUUCGCGAUGACGCCCACGGCGCUCUCCGAUGCGGAAGACGACGAGGACAGCCUCGAAGCUUCCACGCGCGCCAGCUCGGAUGUCGAGAAGGGCAGCACGCGGAACCGGAAGGCUCGGGGGCUGCCGACAGACAGCGACAGCACGGAUUCGGAGAAUCGCAGUUUGGCCUCUGGCCCCUUUUCUGCGGGCAGCUCUGAGAGGAACUGUGGCGGCGCGGCCUCCGACGAGGAGACAGGAGACUGUGGGGCGUUGGCGCCCGACGCGGUCGUCGCGGCCGCGAUGGAGUGCGGUGGGUCUGGCGAGUGCGUGCCGCGGCUGCGGAGCCACAAGGACUUGUAG